AUGACCGACGGAUCCAACCACGCCUCUCAGGAGCAGUCUCGCCAGGAGAAGAAGGCCAGCGACACCGCCUCCAUCUCCAGCUUCGGCAGCACUGUUGGUUUGCUCAGGGCCAAGCUCUCCCGCAAGGGCAAGAAGAGCGACGACGAGAAGAGAGACAGCGACGCGCAGAAGCAACGCAUCGAGGAACAGAGCAAGAUCCACAAGAGCCAGAUGAAGAUGGUCGGUUGA